GUUGCCCGGUGGCAUAUCAGCUGUCUCAUCUGACAGUUACACUCCAGUAGUUAAUCAUUGUUGUGACUUAAAAAUAAAUAAUAAAUAUUAUAUUUCUAUUUUCCAAUAACUCAAGACACAUAUUAUUGAUCAAGUGUUACAAAAUGAUGAAUACAAUAAAGUGACAAUUCAAGGUAAAAAAAAUAUUAUUCAACCACAUCUGUUAAUUAAAACAAGAAAAAUAAAUAAUAAAAGUCAUAAAAAUGCCAAGUACAUAUUUAUAUGGUAUAAAUAAUGAAGGAAGAAUAUUUGGUCUAUCAACAACUGGAAAUAUGUGGCGUGAAUUUAUAUAUCUUGGUCUUGAAUUUAAACGUUUAUCAGCAGUAUCACAUUUUAUGUGGGCAAUUGGUGGUGAUAGACAAGUAUAUGUUCAUGUACAUGGUCUAGAUAUACCAAUACGUAUUAAAGAAGAAACAUGGGAAAAUGAAAGAUGGUUACCAAUUGAAGGUUUUGGUGAUAGAUUAUUACCAACAGAUCGUUAUCAUUUUUCAAAUAUUGAUGGUACAAUUGAUAGAUCACGUGAUAAAGUAAAAUUACCAUCAAUGGCAUGGCAAUGGGAAGGUGAUUGGACAAUUGAAACAACACUUGAUGGACAACCACUUGAUCAUGAUGGUUGGACAUAUGCUGUUGAUUUUCCAGCAAAAUAUACACCAAUUAAAAAAUGGAAAUCAUGUGUACGUAGACGUAAAUGGGUACGUUAUCGUCGUUAUAGUGCAAUGAAUUCAUGGUGUGCAAUAGCACCAUUACAUAAAGAUCCAACAAAAGAACCAUUUAUUGAUGUAUCAAUUGGUGGUUAUCAAAUACCAGGUACAUCAAAUGGACAAUUAUCUGUAUGGGCUGUAACAGCACAUGGUAGAUUAAUGUAUCGUUAUGGUGUUACAACAACAUCACCAGAAGGUAUACGUUGGAAUUCAAUAAAAUUAAUAAAUGGACAUGAAGUUAUACAAGUUAGUGUUGGUACAACUGGUCUUGUAUGGGCAAUAUUAAAUGAUGGUAGAGCAAUAACACGUACUGGUAUAACACGACAAAAUCCAAUUGGUGAUGAUUGGUCAAUAAUUGAUAUACCAAAAAAAAAUAUUAAAUUAAUACAAAUAUCUGUUGGUUAUAAUUCUGUAUGGGCUAUUACAAAUGAUUAUACAGUAUGGUUUCGUAAAGGUAUUAAUGGUGAUAUGUCUGGUGUUGAUGUACAAUGUGCAACUGGUAAUGGUUGGAUUGAAAUGUCAAAUAAAAUGGCUGUUAUAUCAGUAACAUCAAAUGAUUAUGUAUUUGGUAUUGGUUAUGAUGAUCGUUAUUUAUAUUAUCGUACUGGUAUUAAUAAAACUGAAUUAACUGGUAAAAAAUGGCGUUUAAUUAAUGUACCAUUACAAUUAAGUAGAGCUAGUAGUAAUGCUAGUUUAUCAUCAUCAAAUCGUCAUAGUUUAUGUGGUACACCAAAAUUAAUAAAUGAUUAUUAUCAAAAUUGGAAUUCAUCAUUAAAUAAAUCACCAAAUAAUAUUAGUUGUAGUAGUAGUAGUGGUGGUGGUGGUGGUGGUGCACAUGGUAUUGGUAGUAGUAAUAAUAGUAAUGUUGGUAGUGUUGGUGGUAAUAGUAAUGAUAAUGAUAAUAUUAAAACAACAAUAAAUAAUAUUAAUGAACAAUCAAGAAGUGCACCAACACCUACAUCAUUAAAAUUAUGGCAAAAAAAUGAUAAUGAUAAUAGCAAUAAAAAAAUUGCAUCAUGUGAUGAAUUAUUAUCUGAUAUUGUUGGUAAUAUUAAAAUAUCAAAUGAAUCAUUAUCACAUAGUUGUGAAUCAACAAUUGUCAUUGGUAAAGGUAUGGAUUCAACAAUUAAAGUUAAUCCAGCAGCAUGGAGUCCAGUACAUUCAGUUGGUUCAAUGGUUGGUGUUGAAGCACAUCCAGAAACUGAUGAUUCAAUAUUUGAUCCAGAUUUAAGUGGUAAUUCUGGUAUUUAUGGUGAUGAUGAACAUACAAAUGGUAUUUAUUGGACAGAUAAUGAUGUAUUAUGGUGUAAUAUUGAAGCUGGUGCAUGUAUUAUUGAUACAAUAAAUUUACCAAAAUGGUUAAAUGAUAAUAACAACAAUAAUAAUAACAAUAACAAUAGCAAUAAUAAUACAACAACAAUGAUAACUAAUAAUAAUAAUAAUAUUAAUAAUGAAAUUAAUGAAUUAUGGAGAUUAACAAUAUUAAAUAAAUUAAAAAAACGUUUAUCAAAUAUUAAUUAUGAUACUAAUAAUUAUGUUAAUGCAAUUGAACAUUCAUCAUGGAUUAAAAAUGGUGAUGCACGUUAUAAAUUAAAAUGUACAACAAAUAAUUAUGAUGAUUGUAUUAUUGAAUUAGAAUGGAUUAGUUCAAAUUCUGAUAAAUAUGAUACUGGUACAUUGACAAUAUUAAAUUCAAAUGGUGCAACAACAAUAACACAAUUUUCAGUAACAGAUAUUAAAUGUGUUGUAUGUUGUAGUGAACCAGGUAUACCACGUAUAUCAAUACAUACACCAAAAUUAAAAAAAUUAAAAGUAUUAUAUUUACAAUUUUCAACAGACACCGAAAUGGAAGAUUGGAUUGGUCAUAUAACAUUAGUAACAUGUAAAAUAAAUAAUGUUUAUGGACGUCCUGGUAAAAAUUCAAUAUGGACAACAACAUCACUUGGUGAUAUUUAUGUUUAUGAUCCAAUAAUUGAUGAAUCAAAUCAAUUAAAUAAUGAUAAUACAUAUACCAAAGAAUUAUUAGAUAUUAAUAAUUAUAAUAAUAAAAAUAUACCAUUUGAAUGUUUAUUACAAAAUGGUUUUUCAAUUAAUUCAUCAUUAAAUAUAACAGCAUAUAUACAUGAUGAUGCUGAUAGAUUAUCAUUUAAUUUAGUAUGUCAUAUGUCAACAAUAAAUAAUAAAAAUAAAAAUAAUGAUACACAUGAUGUUGCAUUACAUUUUAAUCCACGUUUAAAUGAAAAUAUAAUUGUACGUAAUACAUAUAAAAAUAAUAAAUGGGGUGAUGAAGAAAGAGAUGAUAAUGUGUUAUUUAAAAAAUCAACAAAUAUUAAUAUUAUAAUUAAUUGUGAAAAAAAUGGUUAUCGUAUAUUUAUCAAUAAUACUGAAUAUACAUAUUAUAAUCAUCGUAUUAUACCAGAUAAUAUAACACAUUUAAAAAUAAAAGGUUUUAUGACAAUUAAUAAAAUAUUAUAUAAAUCAAAUAAUAUUAUUAUUGAACCAAUAACAAUGUUUUGGCGUCAAAUUGGUGGUCAUUUACGUAAAGUAUUAACAUGUCAAAGUGGUGUUACAUGGGGUAUUGGAUAUGAUAAUACACCGUGGGUUUAUACUGGUGGUUGGGGUGGUUUAUAUUUAAAAUUUAAUGAUUCACAAAAUGAUAUUAAUACAAUGACUGAUACACAUAAUUAUUAUGUUUAUGAAAAUCAAAGAUGGAAUCCAGUAACUGGUUAUACAAAUCAUGGUUUACCAACUGAUCGUCCAAUGUGGAGUGAUGUUACUGGUAAAUAUAAAAGAACAAAAGAACAUACAAAAUUAUUAUCAAUGCAUUGGCGUUGGUUAUCUGAUUGGAUUAUUGAUUUUCAUACACCUGGUGGUGUUGAUCGUGAUGGUUGGCAAUAUGCUACUGAUUUUCCAUCUCAAUAUCAUUCAAAAAAACAAUUUACUGAUUAUGUUAGACGUAGAAGAUGGUUUCGUAAAUGUUUAUUAACAACAUCUGGACCAUGGAAAGAAUUAGGUAAUACAAAAAUUAUUGAUUUAUCAUUAUAUUCAUCAUUUGAUAAUGGUAUUGAUGGACCAAUUGAUGUUUGGGCAAUUGCUGUUAAUGGUGAAGCACUUUAUCGUCAUGGUGUAUCUGAAUCAUCACCAUUUGGUAUAACAUGGGAACAUAUACCAUCUGAUCAACCAUUAAUAAGUAUUUCAUGUGGUCCACAUGGACAAGUAUGGGCUGUUGGUAAAAAUGGUACAUCAUAUUGGAGAUUUGGUAUAACACAAAAUAAACCAAUUGGUGAUUUAUGGACAAAUGUUGAACCACCAUCUGGUGCAAAAUUAAAACAAUUAUCUGUUGGUUGUAAUGUUGUUUGGGCUAUUGAUUAUAAUGGUAAAUUAUAUGUUAGAAAAGAAAUACAACCAAAAAUAUUUCCUGAGGGUACACAUUGGCAAACACUACCAUCAAUGCCAAAUGAUCCAAUACAUAUUGACAUGUCUGUUACAACAGCUAAACAAGGAUUUCGUAGUGUAUCUGUUAGUCCAGACAAUGGACAAGUUUGGGCUAUAUCUGGUGCUGGUAUUGUUUGUCGUAGAAUUGGUAUUACAAAUGAUAAUCCAGCUGGACACUAUUGGACAACUGGAAUUGGGGCAAAUUGGCAGAGCAUCAGUGUUUCAAGUCUUACAAAUGGAACUACUAAAAGUUCACAUUAAUAUUUAAAAUAUAUAUAUAUAUCAAUUGCACACAGUAUUUUUAUUGUAACGAGUACUAAAAAUUCAUACUGCAGCUUUAUUUAGCUGAUGAAAAAAUUUUUAUUUUAUUUUUUUGUUAUUCGGUCUAAUUAGGUAUACUAGUCAUUUUCAAUUAUUUAAAAAUAAAAUGCUAAUAAGGCAUCUAAUGAAUUUUUAUUAUUUUGUUUUUUGUUAAUAUUAAAAUUUAUUAUGUUUUUAUUUUUUAAAAUUUAUAACUAUUUUUAUAUUAUAACUAUAUAAAACUAUAAGAAUUAUUUUUAACAUAAUUACUUGGGCGUUUGAAAUACUUAUUAACAAAAAAAAAAAAAAUAUAUUAUCAGCUGAUGAUGAUUGAUAAUGUUUGUACGAUAAAUAUGUACAGGCGAUUGUCAAAGAAAAAAAAAAGUAAUUUAUAAAAUAAAUUAUGCUCAAUGUGUAAACAAUAUGCUUAAUAAAAACAAAAAAAGAGCAAUGAAAAAUAUAUAGAUGUUUUUUUUUUGUCUUCUUCAAAUGUAAUAAUGGAAGUAAAUUUAAUAAUUUAUUUUAUUUAUAAUUUUGUAUUUGUUCUUGAUGAUUCUGCGUAAAUUCGUGAUAAUUCAUUUUUACGUCCUUGUGUACUGUUUUUAAUACCAUAAAAAAAAUAAAUUCCAAAACCUAAAAGAAAAAAAUAUAAUGAAAUGAAAAUUAAGUUGUACAUUGUUUUAUUGUGUUAAUAAUAUGAUUAAUAAUGAUUGAAUAAUAGUUAAAUAAUAAUAAUAAUGUAUUGUUUUCAAAUUCACCUAUAAUCAUCCAAACAAUGAAUCGCAUCCAAGUAAAAAAAUCCAAUUGUAGCAUCAACAAUAGAUUUAUAAAAAUACUACAACAAGGUACGAAUGGAACAAAUGGUACUUUGAAUGACAAAUGAAGUCUGUCAACUGGUUGUCUACCAAUUGCAAUAACACAGAGUAUCAAUAGUAUUCCAAGUAUUGUCAAUGAUGUAUAUUUCAAUAAAUUUGUAUUAUUUCCAUCGAAUUCAGUAAAAUUCAAUAUCAAUCCAAAAAUAAUAACUAAGACAGC